AUGGUGGCCUGCCGAGCAUUCCCUCUGACCCUCUCGGGCAAUGCCCAUGAUUGGUUCACGAGCCUCCCGCCAAACUCCAUUCGUCAUUUCGAGGACCUCAGUAGGAUGUUCCUGACGCAGUUCAUGGCCGGAAGAGUCAGAAGAAAGCCGUCCGGAUCCUUGAUGUCAUUACACCAGGGACCCGAGGAAUCUCUCAGAGAUUUCUUCAUGAGGUUCAACCAGGCUAGACUUGAAGCCGAAGCAGCAACCGAUGAUUUCAUCUACGGAGCUCUCUUUCAGGGAAUCCGAAAAGAUGGAGCCCUAAUGGCUGAUAUAGCCAGGAAGCCCCCUCAGAAUCUAGAUGGCUUUAUGAGCAAAGCCGAGAAGUACAUCAACCAGGAGGAGACACUUCGAGCUCUAUUGGGACCUGAGCAAACUCGCCCAUCCACUUCCGGGAAUCCAAAAAAGAAGAACCUUUGGAAGGAAGAACGGAAGCGUGUUCCAGAAGAAGAGACUAGGCCAAAGCGGGAUCAGGAGUCCCUAAGGGGUCACAACUGGACCCCCCUCAAUGCACCCAUUAUGGAUGUUCUCCUGGAGAUAAAGCGAGACCCGAUGUACCGAAAACCUCGGCCGGUGCUCGCAAAUCCGCAUUCACAAUACGCCAACCAGUAUUGUGCGUUUCACGAUAUUACCGGGCCUCGCACAGAAGCCUGCAUAUCCUUGAGACUUCUGAUUGAACGCUUCAUAGAAAACGGAAAACUUGUCAUUUUCCUCGCAGAUCAAAGAGUUUAG